AUGGAAACAGUUGGUGAUUACGAAUACACAACUAAAGAUUUAAUAGGCCAUGGAGCUUUUGCUGUUGUUUUUAAGGGUCGACAUCGUUCGAAUCCAAAUCUAAUUGUUGCUAUCAAAAGCAUAACGAAAAAAAAUCUGGCAAAAUCUCAUAAUUUGUUAGGAAAAGAAAUUAAAAUUUUAAAGGAGCUUACAGAGUUACAUCAUGAAAAUGUUGUAGCUUUAUUGGAUUGUAAAGAAACUCCUUUAAAUGUUUUUUUGGUUAUGGAAUAUUGUAAUGGUGGUGAUUUGGCCGACUAUUUAAGCGCAAAAGGAACAUUAAGUGAAGACACUAUUAGGUUAUUUUUGUGUCAACUUGCUGGAGCUAUGAAGGCAUUACACGAUAAAGGAGUUGUUCAUAGAGAUUUAAAGCCACAGAAUAUUCUGCUAAGCCAUGAUCGAAAAUCUAACCCUCCACAUCCUCAAGAUAUCACAUUAAAAAUUGCUGAUUUCGGAUUUGCUAGAUUUUUGCAAGAUGGUGUGAUGGCAGCUACAUUAUGCGGUUCACCAAUGUAUAUGGCUCCUGAAGUCAUUAUGUCUCUUCAGUAUGAUGCUAAAGCAGAUCUUUGGUCACUGGGUACAAUAGUUUUUCAGUGUCUGACUGGUAUUGCACCUUUUCAAGCUCAAACUCCUCAAGCACUAAAACAGUUUUAUGAAAAAAAUUCAAAUCUUGCUCCUAAAAUUCCUAAUGGUACAUCUCCGGAAUUGGUAUCACUAUUGAAUGGUCUUCUUCGAAGAAAUGCCAAAGAUAGAAUGUCAUUUGACGUUUUUUUUAAUCAUCCAUUCCUUAGACCUCCAUCUCCGGUCAACAAUAAACCAGUUGAACUUGGAGUUUCUCCCGUUACACCGAGACCUUCCUCACCACCAGCUUCUUCAUGCGAAAGCCCAGAAGAAACUGAUGAUUUUGUUUUAGUUCCUGCAAAUUUACCUUUCGAAGAUAAAGGAAUGAGUUCUGCUGCUAGUCCUCCUAGACCAAGUUUUUUGCCUGUAGACGCAACCGAACCUAUACCAGUACCUUCCCCUUCCAAGAAUGUAGUGCCUAGGUCGCAACCCAUUAGCAUGAAAAGGAAAAGCUCUCAAAAUUCUGGAUUGGGUGUCCAAGGUUUAUCAAUCGGCUCAUUAUCUCCUCCUGCAGUACAAUUUGUUUUGGGUACGCCCCCAGGUACCAGAAGACGAUCUGCAUCGGGAAGUUCUUGCGAAACUCCUCCUCCCGUAACGACUUGGCCCGUGUCUCCUUCUGGGGCUUCUUCCUUAAGGCGUUCAGGUAACAGCUCACCCAUUUUAGUGGGUCCUUUAGCAGUUUUUGGAUCUCCUCCGCAAGAGGGAUUAAAACAGUCGACGCCCAGAGCGAUGACAUUACCGGAUUUUCAAAAUAGCUUAGGCUUUAGAAAUUUAUUCUCCAGAGAUGGCAGUAACAUGCCAUUGACGUUCAUUGCUCCAGAAUUACCCGAGGAAACGUUAUUACACAGAGAACAUAACGAAACAUUAGCGAAAUUAAAUUUUGUACUUGCAUUGUCACAAUGCGUCGUAGAAGUGGCCAAGCAAAGGGCGAGUCCAUUAGAAAACGUUCAAGGCAAUACGGAAACGAGCCGGCGAGCUGAACAAUUGGUUUUAUUAGUUCGAGCUUUACAACUUUUAAGCUCGGGUUUGGGUCUCGCUUCCGAACAAUUACAAAAUGGUCAACUUCAACCAUCUGCUUCGGUUAAAAGCGUUGUGAGUGUCAUGCAUAACAAAUUUCGACAGUGUUUAACCGAUUGCAAAGCUUUAGAUGCUCCAGGAUUACUGAAUAGAACUGAUUUAGAUACUUCAAUAACGGCAGAUAAAAUUCUUUAUACCCAUGCAAUAAAAAUGUGUCAGAGUGCAGCUUUAGAUGAGCUUUUCGGAAAUCCAGAAGAUUGUUUUCAAAGGUAUCAAAGUGCUCAAAUUUUAUUGCACAGUUUAAGUCAACAAGUUAGUCAUCACCAAGAUAGAGCUUUAUUAACAAAAUAUAAAGAUGCCGUAGAAAAAAGAUUAUUUGUAUUACAGCAACAGGGAUAUAUUUACUCAACGUAA